AUCUAAAACAUACGAAUUUCCCUGUCACUGACACUAUUAAGGGCUUAACUCAAUGGGGAACGUACUUCGCAGAGCAUGGAAGAAUUGAACCCGGUCGAAAUCCGUAGAGAUUAUACACAAAGCUUCAUUUACAAACGCGUAAAAAGCCUAAAGCCGUUUGGCCCUCUUGGCUUUCCAUAGAAGCGGGCCGCAUGCUGCGCAUCUUCCUAUUCGGAAAACGAUGCUGUUUGACGUGUAUUUUAGUUAGAUUUGUUUUUUUUCUCUCCUACGAAUAUGGCGGUUCAGAAAAAGGAGUUUUUUAGUUGGUUCUCUGCCUUGGCAAUUGGAGUUUCCCUUCUAAAAUGUCUAUUGAUAAAUACAUAUCAUUCCACUGAUUUCGAGGUGCACAGAAACUGGCUUGCUAUCACCCACAGUUUACCUGUUUCAAAGUGGUAUUUUGAGGAAUACUCAGAGUGGACCCUUGAUUACCCUCCUUUGUUUGCCUGGUUUGAAUAUGGGCUGUCUCAUAUAGCAAAAUAUUUUGACAAUAAGAUGCUGGUUGUACAGAAUCUGAACCAUGCAAGUCCAGCUACAGUUCUUUUCCAACGGUUGUCUGUCAUUUUUACUGAUCUCAUCUUUAUUUAUGCUGUAAAAGAGUGCUGUAAAUGUGUGCAAGAUAAAAAAGGAACCAAGAACACCUUGGAAAAUCCCCGCUUUGUCCUGGCAGUGCUGCUACUGUGUAACUUCGGACUUCUGAUUGUUGAUCAUAUCCAUUUUCAGUACAAUGGAUUUCUGUUUGGGCUUCUUCUUCUUUCAGUGGCAAGACACUUUCAGGGAAGACACUUGGAAGGAGCCUUUCUAUUUUCUGUGCUCCUAAAUUUGAAGCACAUUUAUCUGUACAUCGCGCCUGCAUAUGGCAUCUAUUUACUGAGAUCGUUUUGCUUCAUUCAGGACAAUCCAGACAGAUCUAUAAAAUGGAGGAAUUUCAGCAUUGUUCGAUUAGUGGAAUUGGCAGUGAUUGUAUGCUCAGUGUUUGUACUUUCAUUCGGGCCGUUUAUUGCCUUGGGCCAAUUUCCUCAAGUUGUGUCCAGACUCUUUCCCUUUAAACGAGGGCUGUGUCAUGCCUACUGGGCCCCCAACUUCUGGGCUCUAUAUAACGCUGCCGAUAAAGCUCUUGCCAUCUCGGGUGUGAAACUGAAACUGCUUGAUGUGCACAGGCUUCCCAAAGCGUCAAUGACAGGAGGCCUCGUGCAGGAGUUUCGGCACUCAGUACUGCCCACUGUGUCCCCUUUAGCUACACUGAUAUGUACCCUGAUAUCAGUAUUUCCUGCCAUUCUGCACAUCUGGCUCAGGCCGUCCGGGGCCCGGGGAUUCCUGCGAUGCAUAAUCAUCUGUGCCAUGGGAUCCUUCAUGUUUGGUUGGCAUGUGCAUGAAAAAGCUAUCUUGAUGGCAGUACUCCCGUUAAGUUUGUUAGCAGUGGAAAACCAAAGGGAUGCAGGAAUAUUCCUAAUCUUAGCGACAACAGGUCAUUUCUCUCUGUUUCCGCUACUGUUUACUACCCCAGAAUUGCCCAUCAAAAUUCUUCUCAUGGUGCUUUUUACGAUAUACAGCUUCACUUCACUGAGAAUGCUGUUCAGUGCAACAAGACCUUUAAUCAGUAGUGUGGAAUCUGCGUACCUCAUUGGCUUUGUUCCUCUUGAGAUUUUGUGUGAGUUUGUCUAUCCUUUAACGCUCUGGCAACAGACCUUGCCAUUCAUUCCACUGAUGCUCACCUCUCUGUACUGUGCACUUGGAGUCACAUACUCUUUUAUGAGGCUCUAUGUCUCAUUAUUCAGAGGACAAGAUUUUACCUCCAAAGCAAAGACCUAAGGAGCUGUUGCUGAAUGGGAAAGCACAAUAAAUGGUUUUAUAGUGACAA